AUGCGACUCAAACUCCCGAUCACGUCUGGCCGUCGCGCCGCUGUGGUGCUGUCCCUGCUUCAGCUCAUUCUUGUCCUCAUCGUAGCACACGCGGCGGUGGGGAGCGCACAAAGGAUUCCCACGAACGAUAGUGAGGACGUGGUGCCGGCGGGGAAGCCAGACGAGAGCCUUGGCGCCUCUGGCUGGGUGUCGCUCAUUGUUGUCGACUCCGUCCUCUUGCUGUUUGCCGCCCUCUUUGCUGGCCUGACGCUGGCGUUGCUCGGCCUCGACACCCUUUCGCUCGAGAUUAUUGCGGACAGCGGCUCCGAGCCGGACAAGACGUACGCACAGAAGAUUUUGCCUAUCCGCCACCUCGGUAACCAGCUCCUAUGCACCCUUAUUUUGGGCAACGUCAUGGUGAACACUCUCAUCGCGCAGAUCACCGACUCGCACAUCCACGGCUGGGUGGCUACGGUAAUCUCUACCGCGCUGACAACAUUCGGUGGCGAGGUGAUUCCGCAAGCCCUCAUGUCAGCGCACGCGCUGCAGGUCGGCUCCAAGUCGGCACCGCUCGUGAAGUUCUUCGUGUUCAUCUUCUGGCCUGUCUGCAAGCCGCUGAGCAUGAUUCUUGACAAGUUCAUUGGCAAGGACCCUGGUCAGAUUUACGAGCGCAACGAACUGAAGAAGCUCAUGUUCAUGCAUGCCGCCCGCAGCGCCGAGUCCGGCAUCGGCGCUGGCGAGGUCGAUUUGAUGGUUGGCGCCAUGGAGCUGCAUGAGAAGACGGUGAUGGAGGUGAUGACGCCGGUGAGCGAUAUGCUGAUGUUAGAGGCAAAUGAGCGGCUGAACGAGGAGACGAUUCAACUCAUCUCCGACCACGGCCACAGCCGAAUCCCGGUGUACCAAACCACAAAGAACAACGUCAUUGGCGUGCUGUUCGCAAAGGACUUGCUCAUGGCCAAUCCGCAAGAGAACACGAAGGUGCUUUUGCUGGUGAAGUUCUACAACCGCCGCUGCCACGUUGUGGCCUCUGAAACAAAGUUGAUCUCGAUGCUGAGGUACUUCCAGACGGGGAAGUCGCACAUUGCCCUCGUACAAGAGGUGCAGCAGCGUCCCUACGGAGACCCGUACUACGAGGUGAAGGGUCUUGUGACCAUGGAGGACAUCAUCGAGGAGCUCAUCCACAGCGAGAUCUUUGAUGAGUACGACAUUGGCCCACAUCAAAUUCAGCACACAGCACUUGCCAAUGCCUCUAGUCUGUCAAAGCGGCAGGUCGGCCUCACAUCCAAGUGUUCGCGGCGCGUCCACCUUAACCACAACGAGCUGCGUGCUGCUGCUCUCUUUCUCUGCGAGUCUCUGUCCGAGCUCAGAAUGGAGGAUGUUUCGGCGCUGAUGCAGGGCAUGGAGGAGUGCACCACUGUGUACCGCGUCCGGGCACCAAAGGACUCACGUGGCAUGGCGGACGACGACAAGCAGAACGUGUGGCUUUAUCGUGAGGGUGUACCGUCGUCCGUGUUCACCCUCGUCGUAUCGGGUCGUGUUGAAGUUUUUGCGGGAAAAGAGCCGAUUGCGCUGGAGAUGGGCAGCUGGUCACUGCUGGCGACCGAUGCACUGUCGUCUGACCUGUUUGUUCCCACGUUUAGCUGCCGUGUUGUUCAGGACUCGACGGUCAUGCAGAUCACGCGGGAGGCCUACGUUGAGAUGCUGCUCAUUUGCAACAAUCCUGUGAGCGACACCUCGAGGACCACCUCGUCAGCAGCGAAUAUGAAUCACCGAGCGUCCCUGGAUUCCAUCUAG